UUGGAGUAGUGGGCGUCGGCUGCGCCGUGCGCGGCACACUUAUAAUCUCAGUUUUUUUUUUAUUUACAACGUGAUGGCUAGCUUUACUUCAAUCGUUUGACAAUAAUAACUGAGUAAAAAGGCAACAGGUUAUCACAAAAUAAUAAUUGAUACAAACAUAAUAGUUUUGUCAUGCUCUGGACAUUUUAGGGACUCAAAUAAGCCACAUUUUCAUGAAGAAGAUGACAGACGUUUGCUCGGAACCUGCUAGAGCCAUUAAAGCCAUUGACAAGCACUCAGUGCAUCAAAUCUGCUCAGGACAGGUGGUGCUGACUUUGGCCACCGCAGUUAAAGAACUGGUAGAAAACAGCAUUGAUGCUGGAGCUACCAACGUUGAUGUCAAGCUGAAGGAGCAUGGAAUAGAACUAGUGGAAGUGUCCGAUAAUGGAAAAGGAGUAGAGGAAGCUAAUUUUGAAGCAUUAACGUUAAAACAUCACACUUCAAAAUUGAGAGACUUUUCUGAUCUUAUCCACGUGGACACAUUUGGCUUCAGAGGUGAAGCCCUCAGCUCAUUAUGUGCUCUGAGUGAGCUUAGUGUGGUGACAUGCCAUGAGUCCAGCCCUGUCGGGACCAAACUGGUGUUUGACCACAAAGGUCACUUGGUUCAGCGACUGCCUCAUCCCCGGCAGCAAGGCACCACAGUCAGCCUGCAGCAACUCUUCCUAACUCUGCCUGUUCGACACAAGGAGUUCCAGCGCAAUAUUAAGAGGGAGUUUACCAAAAUGGUGAACGUGUUGCAGUCCUACUGCAUCAUCUCCACAGGAGUGCGCAUUACCUGCUCCAACCAAAGUGGACAAGGGAAGCGCAACACAGUCGUUAGCACAAGCGGCAGUCAAAAUAUGAGAGACAACAUAGGAGCAAUAUUUGGGACCAAACAGCUUCAGAACCUUCUACAUUUUCACCAAGUGUCCCCAACUGAAAAUGUCGUGGAAGAAUAUGGACUUAAGAGUGCAGAACUCCCUGAAAAGCUCUUUAGCAUUACAGGGCUUGUGUCACAAGCCGACCAUGGUGUUGGAAGAAGUGCCACAGACAGACAAUACUUUUUCGUAAACAGGCGACCCUGUGACCCACAUAAGGUGAAUAAACUUGUCAAUGAGGUUUAUCACAUGUACAACAGGCAUCAGUAUCCAUUUGUCGCCCUGAAUAUAGAGGUUGCUUCAGAGUGUGUGGAUGUGAACGUAACGCCAGACAAGCGGCAGAUCUUCCUUCAGGAGGAGAAACUCUUGUUGGCUAUCCUUAAGUCUUCUCUAAUUAGCAUGUUUGAAACUGGUGUGAAUAAACUCAGCCUGAACAGUGGUCUCAUACCCAGCAACAUGACUGCAUCCAAAAUGCAUAUAUCUCCAUCUGAUGAAAACAUGCCAGAACCUGAAGAAAACCAGACACCAGUGAUGCAGAGCACAAAGGCAUUCCUAAAUCUGGCUGGUUUGAAGGCUGCUUUUUCAAGUAACAGUUCAAAUGUUUCGAUGAAAUCCAGCAACAGUGGCCCAAAGCAGAAAACCCUUCAGUCUUUUUUCAACGACACUGUAAAAUCCCCGACCUGCAAUCUAAGUAUAAAAUCUCCUUCAGAGCCCACACGGGACUUAAACACACCUUACUCCUCGGUGAGGAGAUCAGUUGUAGAUGGGUUCAGGUAUGGCAAGGUUUCUUCUUGCAGUGAUAGUGACUCUAAAAACAUGGUUCUGUCUAGCUGUGACAUCAGUCCUUCAUUAUGUGAUCAGAAGAAUGACAUGGAAACACUUACAAUCGAAAAUGAAGCCUCAAUGACGAAAAGCCAUCAGGUUCUCCAGGAGAUGGAACUACAGAGUGAUUCUACCACUUACAGUGAGCACUUACCUGUUAGUCCAGAUCUUAAGAGGGCUAGGAUAGAGAGUUCAGGUUCCCCCUCAGAGAAAAAGUCUGUGUCCAUGGACGUUCCAGUCUGCUUACAAAGAAGGACGGUGCCUCACUACUUCUCCUUGCAAGAACUAGCACAGAAGAUAAGGAGGUUGCAGGACCAAAAGCAAAAAGCCUGCGAGGAGCUUUGCUACCGACGCUUCCGGGCCAAAAUCAACCCAGGAGAAAACCAAAGUGCAGAGGAAGAGCUAAAAAAGGCAAUCAGCAAAGACAUGUUCAAAGACAUGGAGAUUGUUGGACAGUUUAAUUUGGGCUUUAUCAUCACCAAGCUCAACUCGGACAUCUUCAUGAUCGACCAGCAUGCCACCGAUGAGAAAUACAACUUUGAGAUGCUGGAGCAACAUACUGUGCUCCAAGGACAAAAACUCAUAGCCCCUCAGAAACUUCAGCUUACUGCUGUCAAUGAGUGUAUACUCAUGGAAAACAUUGAUAUUUUCAAAAAAAAUGGCUUUGAAUUUCUGAUUGAUGAAGAUGCUCAGGUGAUGGAAAGGGUCAAGUUGGUAUCUCUGCCCACAAGCAAGAAUUGGACAUUUGGCCCAGCAGACAUUGAGGAGUUGAUCUUCAUGUUGAGUGACAGCCCAGGGGUCAUGUGUCGACCAUCGCGUGUCAGGCAGAUGUUCGCCUCCAGGGCUUGUCGGAAAUCUGUGAUGAUCGGCACAGCACUGAGUACCAGCGAGAUGAAGAAACUUGUGCUUCACAUGAGUGAGAUUGAGCAGCCGUGGAACUGUCCUCACGGCAGACCCACUAUGAGACACCUGGUCAACUUGGACAUCAUCUCACAAGAAUGAUAGUCAAGAACUUUACUUUCUUAAAUCCACUCAUGCACGGAUUAAUCCAAAGCUGAGGAUGGAUCUUGUAUAGAUUUAGUUCAGAUCAUAUUUGUGACUGCAGAAUGUUGUUUUAUUAUUCUUUUUAUAUGUGGUUAACA